GGCAGGCAGCCUGUGAUGGGGCCCUGCUCAGAAGACCCCCACCUCUGCGGGGCCUCCAGGCUCCUGGGAUUCACCAGCCUCCUCCUCAGUGUCUGCUGCACUGGGGUCAAGAGUUCUGUAGCACCUGAUCCUGGAGUUCAGGAUUCUGGAGUCCAUGUUCCCCUGCAGGGGAUCCGAGGAGGUUCUGUGUUGUUUCACGUGACCAAGAAGCAAGAAGCUGACCCAGAGGAGGUCUCGUGGGGCUUUGGCCCUGAGUCAAACUACAGAGUCUUCAUGCGAGUCCACCGUGGAAAAGACACCCCAACCUGGGUCAGCCUCCAGGACAAGUACCAGCAGAGGGUCCAUGUGCCCAAUGUGACGUCCCUGAGGAUUGAGAACCUGAUCCCAGAGGACAGUGGGCAGUACCGGGCUCGAGCCAGCUUCACUGGAGGAAUAGAAUUUAACCAGGUUUUCCUCCUCACUGUCUAUGAUCCUGCACCCCUUCCUCAUAUCCUUGUCAAGUCAGCAUCCUUCACAGCAGGCUGGUGCAAUGCCACUCUGGAGUGCACAGCCCCAGGGCAUACAGAGGACCUGAAGGUGACCUGGGAGAUCAAGGGCCUUCCCAAGGAGCUGGAGCAGAGAGUGACAUCAGAACUACCCUCCAACUCCUGGAACCUGACUCUGAACCUGCCCCUGAGCCAGCCCAAUGGCAGCUUGACCUGUGUGGUCAGCAACCAGGUGGGCCAGAAAACUGCCACCUUAGACCUUGGAGAAGUCUGUGUCUCUGGUUCACCUGGAAACAACGGUGCUAAGACCCUGCCAGGCAUCAUAGGGGCUGUCGUGACUAUGCUGUUGAUCGUCUUAACUGGACUGUUCCUUUGGAAGACCUAUGCAAAGAAGAGGAAGAUGAAGACUGGAAGAGGUGUAGAAUUUCAGGACGAUCAGAGGGACAAUGAUGGUGGCAUCCAGUAUGCGGAGCUGAGCCAGCAGGGAUCUGGAGAGGUCACACACAAGGGUGUUGGUAAACAACAUUUGGAAGAAAAGGAGUCUGGUACUCUCUACAGUGAGGUCUACAAGCCAGAAAGGGAAGCCAUGAAGAUAAUUUAAUCAGAGAAAGCAGAAGAAUCAAAACUACUAGGACACCUCCACUCGGAGCUUGAUUCCUGCAGACACCUGCAUCUCCCAGCUCUGGUCCAGCUCCAGCUGCCCCGUGACCCUCCAGCCCUCAAGUCCCUGUGUGCAUGUGGCCUUCUCACAACCUGUGUCGACUUCCCCAGCUGCCUUCCCACUCAAGAUCCUCACCCUGUGGGACGAGAGCUCUUUUUCCAUCAUUGACCCAGCAUCAGCCCCUCUUCUCCUGAAACUUCCCAAAGAGGACCUUUCUGCACAUGAUAAUCCCCACAGCCUCUGCUGUGUGACUGGUGUGUAUCUUUCUGAGCACUCAAGCCCAGGCAUGGAGACAGUGUAAAGGUGUUGACCAGACUACAGAGGACAAGGUUAGGCUUUGGUGCUGGGUGCUGAGUUGGGCGUCUGUGGAGACAGCAUGGGUAGUGGGAGCUUCUAAAGGACUGGCCUGAGAUUUCCUUUGCCCCGUAUGUAGGGCAAAAGUUGUAUGUCGGGCAGUGUGUUUGUGUGUGUAUGUCUAUUUGCCGGCAUGUGUGCU